GCAAUGACUGCAACCGCAACGACGACGUGUCAAGAAGAUGACAAAGCGGAAACGUCAAAAGCGUUGAAAGGGAAAGAAGAACCCAGUGGUGCAACUGAAGAUGGUGGCGAUGCGGUUAGGUUACGACAUGCAAAGAACGUUAAUGGGGAGCAACCAUCUGCAAGCAGAGCCAAUGCCUCCAAAGAGAGCAGUGUUGAUCGUUCGCAUCAGCAUGCUCACAGUAGCAGUCGUACAGGUCGUGAAACUAAAAAGGGAAGCGCUGCACAUACUCCGUCGACGUCGACAUCAAGACAUAGUCAUCACCAUCAUCAGCAGAUGUCCGAUGGAACCAGGAGAAGCGCACUCGCGGCUUGUGCAGUGGCAGAUUCUGAUGAAGGAAUGACAACAACGCAUCAACGAAGAUCAAGACGUGAAUCACCGCGAAAACAUUUAACUGUUAAUUCGAAGGUGAAGCCGGUGGCACCGUCACCGAUUCGAAACGUCGCCAACUCAAACUGGAUGAAAGUACCGCCGGACGAGGAACCUGACAAUUUGCUUCCAACCGCAAUACGACGUAAAGAGUCGGCCGAGAAGUCGAAAGUGAUCGCGAACGGGAAGAUUGUGAAGCGGAAUUCGUCGAAGGCUUCAUCGAAAUGCUCAAAUAGCUCCAAGUCGUCACCUAGGUUUGAUGACCCAGCGAACUCGUUGCUGGAUCAGUAUGAUGGUCAUACGGGACGGAAUACGACCGAACGACGCCGAUGGCAUACGACACCAAUUCGACCGAACGCUUUGUUGCGUAGAAAUCAACCGAAUACUCUGGCCACUGGUCUCAAAGCUACGCAAGUGCAUAUCAGAGAACACAAUAAAUUGAGACGAAGUGAUAAGAUGAAACGUGGCAGUUCGAGUGCGUUAUCGUGCAGUGAUCAGUCACACGUGGACAGUGAUGAAGAGAACAGCGCUGCAUCGGUGUUGAGUCCUUUGGCCGAUACGACUGCCAUUCUGCAGCAAGUAAGUGGACAUUUUUAG